GGAGACUUAAGGAAAAUGGGGGACUUGUACGCCUUGGACUUCGACGGAGUUCUCUGUGAUAGCUGCAGAGAAAGCUCUAUCUCCGCCGUCAAGGUUCGCCUCCUUUACCCUCCUCUGAUUGAAGAAAGCAACGAAAAUACAACAAAUGUUUUUGUAUCAUUUCUAAUUGAAACAGCUGCUAAGGUGAGAUGGCCUGGUUUAUUUGACGGCGUCGAUUCAGCCACAGAGGAUUGGAUUGUUGACCAGAUGCAUGCGGUGCGACCAGUGGUGGAAACUGGAUAUGAAAACAUUUUGCUUGUGAGGCUAUUGCUUGAGACAAGAACACCUUCCAUGAGGAAGUCUUCGGUUGCGGAGGGCCUUACAGUUGGGGGUAUAUUGGAGAAUUGGCUUGUGUUGAAGCCCGUUAUCAUGAAAGAAUGGGGUGAAGAAAACAGGGCUGCUCUAAUAGAUCUUUAUGGGAAAAUCAGAGAUGAAUGGUUGGAGAAUGAUUUCACUACUUGGAUUGGUGCGAACAGAUUCUAUCCCGGUGUCAGUGAUGCACUGAAGUUUGCAAGCUCAAGAGUGUACAUUGUCACCACAAAACAGUGCCGUUUUGCUGAUGCUUUACUUCGGGAGCUUGCUGGUGUGACCAUACCGCCUGAAAGAAUAUAUGGCCUAGGAACUGGCCCAAAGGUGGAAGUGCUGAAGCAGCUUCAAAAGAAACCAGAGCACCAAGGGCUCAGACUACACUUUGUUGAAGAUCGGCUUGCAACCUUGAAAAAUGUUAUCAAGGAGCCUGAGUUAGACGGAUGGAAUUUGUAUCUAGUGGAUUGGGGGUACAACACUCAGAAGGAGAGAGAGGAAGCGGCAACCAUUCCAAGGAUUCGCCUUCUUGAGCUCUCUGACUUCAAAUGAAGCUGUUAUUCUGUCUCAAGCCUAUGUUCAAAAAGUGGACCAGUUAUUAAACAAAGAGAGAGAGGUUUCAAGGAUUUGGGAUGUUUCUACGGAUUAACAGACGACCUGAGGAAGAAACGGGAUCCUCAAUGUUAAUUCCCUUCGGCCUGUCCAAUCCGAUUCUUGAAACUCGCUCAAGUUGUCAGGAUGUUAACCUUUGUAUGAAUGACUUGUUAUAUUUUGUGAUUUUCAUAUUAAUUUUCGACUUAUGAGGAAAACUUUUCAAAAUCA